UUCAUAACCUCAAAUUUCGUCUAUUCCGGAAAUCCCGGAAGUUCUGCCUGCUGAAAAGAAAACAGUGAUAAAAAGUUAUGGCCAGCCUCCUGGAUGAUGGUGAUGGGGAAAUUCUGGAGGGAUUCCUUUGUCCCAUUUGCAAGGAGGACCUAAAAACCCCGGAAAGGCUGACAAAUCACGUUGAGACGAAACAUUCCGAGGAGCAGGACAUUCUCAAAUCUCUCAAGGAGAUUUUUGGUUUUGCCCGGAAAAAAAUUCUCAAUCUCGAUGAGUCACCUGAUUUGCCAAAGACCCUGGAGAAUAGCUUGAACAUCAAACCGAGUAUCUUCUCCAUUGGACGAGUGCAGCAGCCCGUGGAGGAGAUUAUUCAGGAAGUUGGGGCAGACUGUGAUCAUAUGGCGUACUUCAAGGCUGUACGGAAUCCCCGCCUUGAGCGAUACGCCACAGAGACGAACAAACUCAUCAUACGUCUGCAUAAAUUGCUGACAGAUCGUCCACGGGAUCCAAUUCAGCGGAAAAUGCAUGAACAGGAGCGUGUUCCAUGGCUCGACGGGAAGGCAGUUAAGUUGUGUCCCAGCUGCGCUAAGAGCUUCCACCUCACACGUCGCCAGCAUCACUGCCGCCUCUGUGGCUCCAUCAUGUGUCACGACUGUUCGCGUUUCCUGGACAUUGGGGCUGCUGAGUGCCUGCUCAAUCCCUCUGGCGACACCACACCCACUGACAUGGAAGCCCGUACGGGGAAUCGAGAUUUUGACAUCAACACACUCCGUAUUUGCGAGCACUGCUUGCACUUGCUGGAAAAUCGCAAAGAAAUGCAAGAUCGCACCACAUUCCGUCCACCAGUAACGCGUCUCUACGAUCGUGCCCAGGAGCUUAAGCGCGAAAUCACUCCAGACAUUCCCAUGUACCGGAAGAUCGUCACAAGUCUCUACGAGGGAGAUUCAAUCUUCACAUUGGCCGACGCAAGUGCCCUUCGGAGUAAAAUUGGGCGUGUAGCUGAGCAAAUAGAUAAUGUCAGCAAGGCAAUUCUCUCCCUUCCAACACCCCAAGGAAGUCGUGCUGAGGCACUUAAGAAAGCCCUGCGCCUUGCAUGUGUCACAUACAUCAAGGAGGAGAUGCUGUCACUGCCACAAUUGCCGCUUGAGGAGGAAAUUGAGCGUUUGCAGCGGAAACGGCGUGAAGAGACGGAAAUGCGCAUUGAGCGUGAACGACGCCUAGCAGCUGAAGCUCUCGAGCGGUAUGAACAAGUCAAUUCCAUGACCAAUGAUGUGGCACGAGAGACACAAUGCUCAGCUACGGGAUCUGCCGUGACGAGCUUGGACAACUGGAGUGGGUAUCGUGCUGAUACAAGUGGUGGGCCCAUGGCGGAUCCUCUUGUGGAACAAAUCAACAUCAUCAAGGGGUACAUCAAGCAAGCACGGCAGGCUCUGCGUUUUGAGGAAGUUGCCACGCUGGAGAUGAAUCUCCGGGAGCUUCAGCAGGAAUUCUACAAUCGCCAGCAAAAUGUUUGAUCCACCACAGAAUGUUCCUCCAGCUCUUUUCACCUUUGAAGGCAUUUUUUUUCCUACUUUAACUACAUAUCCCUUUAUUUUUUUUUUUUUAAGGAAUAAAGGGCACGUUAAUUUAUUUAAAAAAAAUAUUCAAAAGCAUUAAAAAUAUAUUACUUAUUACAAUUUUUAGCGCCAAAAAUUAUUUUCUUUAUAAUUAUUUUGUGUUGAAAAAUAAAAUACAAAAAUUUAUUAAA